AUGUCGGACGAAGUAUCCCAGUUUCUCGAGCAGGUCGAGCGCCUGCGGGGGCAGCAGAUUGAGGACGACGAGAUGCGAGCCCGAGAGCGCGAGGAGUUUCUUGCUGCCAAGCGGGAGCGCCAGGCCAGAAGAGAGGAACGCGCCCGAUCCAUCUCACCGCAGAAAUCAUCGCCAGCCAAUACGCCGUCACCACGCACGCUGCGGCGAACUGUCAACCUCUCUGAAUCGCUGAGACUCGACUCCCCAGCCGGCGAGUCCUUGGAUAGGCUGCGCGAGCGAUCGACCGACACAGAGAAACCCCUAGAGGCGGAUGCACAAUCCGAUGCCAUGCUGUACUCCACCUCACAGGCGAGAGAGAACGAGGCCCCUGAGGAUCUCGACGCAAGGCGGGGCGAUGAUGCCACAGCUGCUCAAAGGGCUUCACAACUCUCGUGGCAGCGGCGUUCGACCCGAUCCAACAGCCGCCCGCUGAGCGUCGUCGCUGCUCGAAAUGCGGCCGCCACGCACGAGACCGCUGCAGAGGAGCCUCCAUCUCCUACCCAGCCUCUGUCCAAGGACCAGAUCGCCAAGAGCCUGGGAUCCAAGGAUGCGUCGUGGUUUCGUCAAACUGCCGAUAGAGGCGCUGACUCUGCGGCGUACCGACGGAACCAGGUGGAAGACGACGAUCGGCUCGACAUGUCGUCUCUCAGCGCCCAGCUGCAUGGCAUGAGCAGCGAACACUCAGGAGAACGCCCUGGCUCCCGAGGCGAGAGUGCUCUCGGCAAGCUUGCUUCGCCAUUCUCCCUGAACCCUCCCAGCUUCGACAACCCAGCCGCUGAGAGGCCUCAGGCAGAACCAAUUGCCCCAACAGCGACUGGUCGGACGUCUCCUGUGCGCACAUCAUCCCCGACCAAGGGCAUGGGCGGUUUUGUGCAGAGCGCAAUGAUGAAGAGGAGCGACAGCGUGAAGCGAUGGUCUGUUGCCAGCCCGCCUGCGUUGACCCGUCCCGAGAACGUGACGGCGAGCCAUCGUGGCUCAAUCGACAGGGGCGCGGCUCCGCCACGGCCGCAAAGCAUGUUUGUUCGUGACCCAACAGCAGCAAUGGCAACCACAACGCCAGGGACAAGUAGGCCGGUUUCUCGUCCAUCCUCUCGGCCGACUUCUCGACAUGGAGAAGCGUCCGAAAGGCGUCCCAAAACACCAACUUCCACGAGCCCACCUCAGCCCCAAAGGCAUGAGCUUCUCGAUGAUGCAUCUCUUCCCGUCUCCCCAACCAAGACGAUGGAGCCUCGACGCUGGAGCCCGACGAAAUCAAGCUGGCUCGAGAGCGCCCUUAACAAACCAGACUCGCCAAAGCUACCCCCGAAGCCAGCAUCCUCGCAACAGCCAGCAUGGAUGGUCGAGCUCAACAAGAACAAGGCUGGGCGUGGUGGUAAUGCUACUCCCGAGCCAAGCCGACCCGCUGCUCCCUCUCACAAGCACCAAGUUAGUAUCGAUGGGCUUAUGAGGUCCACGCCAAUGGGUUCGAGGCUGAACCUCAACACUACUGGUCUAGGCGGAAUCUAUUCACCCCCUGGAACACAGUCCGUAACGAAUCGUGCGUCGUUUCAAAAUUUCCCAACGUCGAGCACGCCCAUGACUGCCGGACCGGAAAGACCAAGAUCAAAGUCGAGAGGCGCUCUCGAUCAAGUGAGGGAGAGGCGGUCCGAGUCUCUUAGCUCCUCUCUCAACCCUAACCCUCUGCCUGCCAAGGUUAAACCCGAGGCUCCGCCAAAGAAGGAUCUGGAUUUCCGCUCCAACUUGAAGCCACGAGCUGCCGAAGCCCCGACUCCCAAGACCCAGGAGCCCGAGUUCAAGGCUGUAUUUGGCACUCUUCGCAGAACCAAGACUCAAAACUUUAAAGCUCCAGACGAACUAAAGGACAACAUCCUCCGUGGCAAGGCGGCUCUCAACACGACUGACGGGCCACAGAAGUCGGUAAUUAGGGACGAGUUCAAGGACUCCAUACAGAAGAAGAGAGACGAUUUCAAAAGGGCCCAAGCCGAGGGAACAGGAACUGCGAAUACGAUAACGCGCGACAAGCCUAAGCCUCUUCUCCCCGAAGCACUCGCCAUGAGGAGUGAGCUGGGUAAGCCAACGGCAGUGCUCCAGCAAGACGCACCCCCAGAGAGUCGAACCCCAUCCGGUCAGUCGAAGAAUUCCGAUUUCUCAAAACCAGAUCCUCCACAGAGAAAGUCAAGUCAAGUGAACUUGGCCAAACAGUCCAGCCCAUCCUUGACUCCCACGAAGACCACCUUGACUGAGAAUACCAGACUAGAGAAUAAGGAACCCGAUACGCCAACCCGGACCGAAGAGUCUCUGCCCAGCCUUUUGAAGAAGAAGAGUGCUCCAUCAAAGCUUGGCGGCCUGGCCGGACGAUUCAACCCUGCCCUUGCCGGGAUGCUGGCACGAGGACCACCACCGGCAGCUUCCAACGGCGGGAGCCGAGGUGAAGAAUCGGGACGAGGCGAUGGAGAUGCCCAACCUUCACAGCCAGGCCCUCAGCUGACACACAUGACUAAGAGUCGAGCGCGUGGCCCGAGGAGAAAGGCGCCGACCAAUGUAGGCAACGCUUCCGCCAAUUCCACAAAUGGCUCUGCAGAGUCGUCCUCAGUCAGCCGGCAACCCGCCGCCUUUGGAAAGCAGCGUCUCCCCGCGCCCGUCGAAGACAGGAAGCCAAUUACACACCCAAUCCAAGAUCGAGCGGCCACAAAGCCAGAUGUGCCAUUCAAACCAAAGCCUAUCGAGGCGAGAAAGGUAGAGGCUGACAGCCGACCUCUGGAGCAGCCUGUUACCCCCCUGAAUCUUCGUGCUAGACGACAAACAGAGUCUGCUAUCCAGGUUGGCCAAUUAUUGUCAUCACGCUCCGAGUCGCCUCAGAAGUCGGAGGUAGAAGCACCAAAGAAACUCAACUUGAAGCGCAUGUCGAAAUUCUUCGAGCAACCCAAGGAUGAUGCCACUACGGCGGCUUCUGAGACUCCCAGGACACCAGGCAAGCUCUCGCCUCAAAAGACCGGCACAUGGGAGCCGGUCAAGACCGGAGAGCCUGCCAAAGAGGCUAAGAAGCUGAUACAACAAAAGACUGGCCCAUGGUCACCGGUAAAGAAAACCGAGCGCUCGCUACCGGACACCCGGUCAUCCGCCAUCAACAUGCUAGGCGAAUCGAAGCCAUCGACAGUAAACGCUGCACCAGAGCGUGCCCCGGCUGCCUUGACGGCCCCAUUGCCAGGACCCAAGCCGACUUCCUUCAACGGGCUACCAAAGGGAGGUGACACACGGCCAGCGUCACCACCGCCUGCAGCGGCAGCCUUUUCCCAGCGGCUACCACAACCACGGGUUGAGCCGGCCCUAGCAUCACCUUCGCGGCCGCAAACAAGCCACGGUAGCGACGUAUCAGCCAUACUUCACGACUUCUUUGGCCCCCCGUAUGAGAGCGUCGCCUGCGACAUGGACUACGCUGAUAUCUUGACAAACUACCCAAAGACUGGUGCAAAGGGCAAGACAUUGUCGUUCCACAUGUUCCAGAUUGAUGGAGAGGGCAAGCAGAUGAUCGUUCCGGCUUACCGCGAGCGCAUCCUCUUUGAACAAGAAAUGUACGUUGCUGGGCAUAAUUUUACCAACGAGGCCGGAUGGAAAGUGCGCGAGGUCUACUUCUGGAUCGGCGAUGAAGUUGCGGACGCAGAUGAGGAUGCAGCAGAGGCCGUGGCACAGCAAGAGGCCAGGCAGCUGGGCGGCAAACUCAUCAAAAUCAGACAGGGCAAGGAAACACCCGAGUUCCUACAGGCCCUUGGCGGCAUUGUCAUUGUUCGAAGAGGCGCAAGCACCAGAUACGACUCGCUUGCGCCAUCCAUGCUGUGUGGCAGACGGUAUCAGGGCCAGGUAGCAUUUGACGAGGUUGACUUUACGACGGGCAGCCUCUGUGCUGGAUUUGCCUAUCUCAUCACCCACUCUGGCAACUGCUACUUGUGGAAGGGCAAGGGCAGCGACGUGGAGGAGCUCAGCUGUGCACGCCUCAUUGGUAUGGACUUGACGGUGACUGGACAGCUGAUUGAGUAUGACGAGGGCGAUGAGCCUGCCUCCUUCUGGGACAUGAUGGGUGGCGAGUCGAAGCCUCACUCGGCGGAUCACUGGAGACUGAAGCCCAGUUAUGGGAAAUACAACGGCAGACUCUUUUGUGCCGAUGUAGAGUCUAGGCAAAAGAUCUUUGAGAUUUGCCCGUUUAACCAGGCCGACAUGUCAACAUUCAACAUUUACAUUCUCGAUGCCUUUUUCGAGAUGUACAUUAUCGUUGGCUCUCAGGCCCAGUCCCAGUACGCGUCCUUCCGCACCGCCCUCGACUUCGCCCAGGAAUACGCCGUCCUGGCUGCCAGCAUGGAGGACCGGCCCUUUAUCCCCAUCUCGACGGUUGUCCUCGAGGGUGCGCCGCGGGACCUGAAGCGAGUGUUUCGCAAGUGGACCGAUGAGCGGUGCCCGACGCUCUUGAACAACCCUUCGAGUGAGGCCGGACUGAAGCGAGGCCGCAGUCUUAGAGUUGUGCCUCUUACGCAGGCCAUCUUGGCGUUGAGGGAGUAA